ACAGAGACGGUGCAGAAACAGAGCAUGUUAGAGAAGCAUGGAGAGCUGGUAAGGUAGACCGAGAGAUGCAGUGCUACAGUGUGUGUGUCUGUGAGGCUGUCAGCAGCGCAACUCGUCAUCCUCUCUUCAGGGACAAUGAUGUGUUAUGGAGCUACGAUUUACAGAUUCACUGCAGAAGCGGGGGAUGCAGAUAGAAGUUCACCUUGAGCUGGAGUCCAACAGUGCCACUCUGGACCUCUGGGAUUACAAGAAAUGCUUAUAGAUCCCAACAUCAACAGGGAUUUAAUCGGAUCUGACAACCUGCCAAACCAAGAGUGUCUUCUGAAUCUUUAACUUUUGGAUUACUGGUCCAGACUUAUAGGUUACAGAACGUCUGACAGCGAGGCAGUGGAAGUGACAAUCUUGGGCCAGAAAUCAAACAGGUAGCCUACUUGCUUUGGCAGAAACUUGCCAGCUGUCUCAAAAACAGACAGCAUACAGAACCAAGAUUGUGACACCCACAGCUCACACUGGAACCCCGCAAAGCCACGACCAAGCAGGUCCUGCAGCCCAGGGACCCUGGAGCCGGCCUGACCUUGGACCGUCGGUCACCUGAACCCCUCCUGGCACCGGCAGAGACGUCCAGCAUGUCUCAGACCGGAGGACGGUUCCACAACAAAAAGGCUGGCAUUCGGGCCGCCGUGAUCCUGAUCGGACUCCUGCACAAGUCUCGCAAAGCCAAGGAGAAGGAGAGAGAGAAAGAGAAAGAGGAGAGCGAAGGGAAACAGGAGCUGCUGAAUAUUUCCACCGUCCCUCUAGGAGAAUGUCCCCCCUCACCGCCUCGCACUGCACCGCCGAACAUGAAGUCUGCAGAGUUCUUCGAUAUGCUGGAGAGGAUGCAGGUCCCUAAAGCUGAAGAGACCAAAAGAUGGAAGGAUGACUAUAUCCCCUACCCACGAAUAGAAGAUAUACUGGAGAAAGGUGGUCCAUACCCUCAGGUAAUCCUGCCACAGUUUGGGGGUUACUGGAUUGAGGAUGUGGAGGCACCAGCAGGGACCCCCUCCUCCUCAGAGUCCAGUUUCUGUGAGGAGGAGGACGGAGGAGAGGGCAUGAGCCCUGGUGGGGGACACAGCUACCGCCUGGAGUGUAAUAGCACUGCCCGCGCCUACCGCAAAUAUUUCAUAGGCAAUGAACACAUGAACUAUUACUGCACAGGCAGCAGCAUAGGCAACCUCAUCAUGUCUCUGAAACACGAAGAGGCUGAGGGACAGGAGUUCCUACGCAUCAUGCUCAGGUCGAGGAUCAAAACAGUCCAUGACAGGAUCUCAUUAGCGGGCAUCAACCAGCUGCCUAGUGUACCCCAGAUUGCCAAGCUUCUGUGUGACGAUGCCACAGGGCUGAAGUUCAACCCGGUCCUGUACCCUCGGGGAUCCCAGUUGAUAGUGGCUUAUGAUGAACACGAGGUGAACAACACUUUCAAAUUUGGAGUCGUAUACCAGAAGUUUGGACAGACAUCAGAGGAAGAGUUGUUUGGGAAUAAUGAGGAGACGCCAGCUUUCAAGGAGUUUCUCAGUACCCUGGGUGAAAAUAUGGAACUUCAAGACUUUAAAGGGUUCCGCGGUGGGCUGGAUGUAUCCCACGGACAGACAGGGUCUGAAUCUGUCUACACUGUCUUCAGGCAGAGAGAGAUUAUGUUCCAUGUGUCAACCAAGCUUCCCUUUACUGAAGGAGACGUCCAGCAGCUCCAGAGGAAAAGACACAUAGGAAACGACAUCGUGGCCACCGUCUUCCAGGAAGAGCCCACACCAUUUGUUCCAGACAUGAUCGCAUCCAAUUUCCUGCAUGCUUACGUGCUGGUGCAGGUUGAGAACCCCUGUACAGAACACACAACAUACAAGGUGUCAGUUACAGCGAGGGAGGAUGUGCCUUCUUUUGGACCCCCUCUACCGAACCCAGCUGUCUUUAGGAAGGGUCCUGAGUUUCGAGACUUCCUGCUGACAAAGUUGAUCAAUGCUGAAAAUGCCUGCUACAAAUCCGACAAAUUUGCCAAACUAGAGGGGCGAACGCGAGCUGCGCUGCUGGACAACCUGCACGACGAGUUGCAUAGACAGAGCCAGGCCACGCUGGGUCUGGGCCAGGCGGGAGAGGAGGACAAGCUGGAGAACGGGGGACACGGGGGUCUGCUAGAGUCCUUCAAGAGAGCCAUGCGUGUCAGGAGCCACUCCAUGGAGACCAUGGUGGGGUCCCACCGUCACAGGAGCCCCGGGGUAGGAGGUGGGGUGCCCGCCAGCGUGAGUGGAGGAGGGCUACCACAAAGCACCAGCGAAUGCACAAAGAGCACCUUCACUCCUCCUGUGUUGUCAGCCAAGUCUCCUCUGAAGAGCCCAGUGAAACGUCGCUCAGGCCUCUUCCCUCGUCUCCACUCCAGCACAGAAUCCCCAUCGGACAAACACACACGCAGUGAACAAAAGCCUGCAGAUAUUUACCAGCUGUCCCAGGAAGUGAGGUCAGAGACAUUAUCCAAUCCCAGCUCACCUGAGAUCUGCCCCAACAAAGAGAGGCCGUUCAUCAAGCUGAAAGAGUGCGGCAGUGGCAGGCCAAACAUCUCUCGUUCUUCAUCCAGCACCAGCAGCUUCAGCAGCACCACGGGAGAAACAGAAGCUCUGGAAGAACUGGAGACAGCCGGCCAUCCCUCUAUAGCGUCCUCUUCUGCCUUUAGUCCUUCCCUCAGUGUCGACAGCCAGGGAUCAGGUACCCCUGUCAUCAUGUGCCGUAGUCCAACAGAUGUGAAAAGUAAGACAUCACCGAGGUCAAAUUUGAAGUUCCGCUUUGACAAAAUGAGCCACUCAUCCACAACUUCCGAGUAGCUUUGUGGAAUGGAAAUAUCAGACUUGCACAACAAAGGGACUGCACAGGUUGACGGAGCUGCAAAAAGAAAGAUGACAACAACCACAACCACAAAAUAACCAUAGAACCACUUCCCGAUGCCAAGGAUAAUCUGACAAGAUGACAUAGUGCACCAGAGUCCCCACACACUAUAACCUAACUGACAAUACUGUGAGCGUAUUAUUGAAGUGAAGCAGCUGACAUGUUGGCAUUCUUUUCAACCAACCUUAGGCUACAGAAAUUAGUCAAUACUUUGCUGUUGUUACAAGUUGCUGCAUCUCAGUUGUUAAAUGUUCACAUCACAUGAAGUCCUAGCAUGGCUGUAAUACUGUGAGUGCAGGCUGAGCUAGACUCUGCCUCAGCUUUUUGUAAAGCAUCUAGUUUAUUAGAGAGAUACAGUGAUCUAGAAGAAUGGUAACAUGAGACUAUGGCCGAACUGUUACUCGUUAUCUGUUCGACUGCUGAGUGGUCAGUGGAAUUGGAAAUGUCAGACAUCAGGAUGUUCCCUUUUUGCCUUUGCCCUUGAAUGGUACGUCUGGCAGCAGUUCCUCUUUUGCCUAAAAAAAAACGUAUGCAGGCAAACACAGACAUGCACAGAAACAUAAUGUAGACUUACAGUAGCAGCCUUUUGGAGAUGAUAACACGGGGAGUCUCAAUUCUCUACUGUACGAUCUGAGCUUGUUCUUUGCAUAUAAAAAUGCUUUUCUAGGAAACACCUUUGAUUUUCGAGAUGCUUUUGUAACCUUGCUAGCUGCUGCAUUGUGUCUACUGCACUAUUAACUCGACAUUGCUGAAACUCAGUCGAAAUACCUAUGACAGCAUUUCUGUACCUGUAAGGGUAACUUCAAAUCCCUGAACUCUAGUGCUUGGUUAAUGGAAAUUAGCUCAUAUGGAGCACAGUAGGAGACACUGCCGACACAUUUUGCCAUGCGCUUAUUUUAGCCAAAGCCGCGCCUUACAAUCUAUCAAAAGCCCUUUUCAUCACUGAUGCUCUCUGUCGCUGUCUCUCUCUCUCUCUCUCUCUCUCUCUCUCUCUCUCUUUUUUUCUCUCUCUCUCUCUUUCUCUCUCUGUCUGUCUCACUAUGUGAGAGGACAAGAAUCUUCUGGAUCCGCUUACAGCACAGUCGUGGGUAGCCGAUUAACACCCACAUAUACUGAAAAUAGACGAUGCACCGAUGAAAACAUUUCACCUUCUGAUACCUCCCAUUGAAGCUUGCUAGCUCGGUGUAUCUGUGGCUAUGUUUGUUGGAACUUUUGAACAGGAGAGUAUCCUGGGUUUAAAGCUUCCCAGCAUGUGCGCUGAUAAUAAUGACUUGAAAAAAAGAUGCUUCAGGUUAAAUGAACCUUUGAACCACACAUUGAAUGUGAACUCUUUUUUUUUGGUAAUUUUGAUUUGACACUUUGUUAGUUGUUAUUACAAAGUCUCUUAAAAGUAAAUUGCAAAGCCAGGUGCUUACAAGCACAACAGGACAAUAGGUCUACUAGUCCUCAACUCUAUCAUAACAUUAGCCUGGAGCUGCCUAAACUAGAACAGGGGAAGGUGUGAGUGUGUUAAUCAAGAAAAAGCUUAAAGACACCCAGAUGUGUUUCCUGUGUGACCAAACAACCAAGCAUGUAGGUCUUUUAAAGAAUGCAUAUGUGCUCUUACUGUAGAGACAACCAUUCCUGGAUGGCGGGAUAGUGUGUGAAGUUCUGUCACAUGAAACUCAAAUCCUAGAGAGUCAGUUCACCCAAAUUACAAACACAUAUGUUGUAAUUUGGGUGACUUUUUUAUUUUUGCAAGAAAGCUGUAGAAAAGCUGAAAGAAAGUUCAGAUUUUUUGACUUUAAGGAACAGCUUGUUGACUGAUACACACUGUGCUCAGUUAGGCCAGUGAUUACCUUGAACAAGGGAAGCAGGGACAGAAAUCACACAAAAACAGGAAGUUGAGAUGUACUUUUGUUUGUAGCAGGUAUCGCCUAAUGCUCUGCAGCCUUUCCUCUGUUAAUAUGCUUAAUUUAUUCAAAUGAAAACUUAUUUUGCCUUGAUGUCAUGUACAAAUGUAACUGCAGAGUAUGCUAAUUAAUAAGGUAAAAUGAUUAAAGGAAAUAUAUUAAUUUAAAAGAUGUCUCAACAUGUAUAUGUAUAUUUGGUUAUGUAACGUGCCAUUGAGAAUUUAUUCUAAAAUAAAAUGUUGUAUUUUGUGUCA